AUGGAAGGCCAUGUCGGAGACCAGCCUCUGGAGUUCGUCAUUAGGAUGUACAAGCCUCUGCACGGCCGCCUCCGUCUUCCUACUCCAUUUGCAAGGGCGAUGGAGCUCGAGCAGCCACGAGCGUUGAGACUGCACAUGAGGGGCUGCAAGAAUGGCAGCAUACGAGUGGAUGUAGACUUCCCCGCCCCUCAUGUCAUGUACUUCCAUCGAGGAUGGAAGACUUUUGCUCGUGCCCAUAGCUUGUCGGAAGGGCACGUCCUCCAUUUUAAGUUAAUGGAGGACGGUUUCUUUUCCGUCAAGGUUUUUGGGAGCUCGGGUGCUCGCUUAGGGUGCUGCGCGGAGAGCUCGACCGACGACGAAAGCUCCUCCUUGAGCGACAGCGACGUGGGGGACAGUGACGGCGAUGACGACGACACCGACUGGGAGGGCGACGACUCUGACUCCGGCUGA